ACUGCUCCAGGCAGUCAGUCUUCUCAGACUAUUCAAUGCUGCCUCUAAUGCACAGGCUUCCCAGAGCACCACUGCAAAUUACAGAGCGCAAGGACUUGUUCCACCGCGUGAAACUGGACUCCAAUCCUGAAUCACUAAACCUCACCUAUAUCAUCUUGAGAUCAUGACUUUUUCUUAAAAAUGUUGAGCUAUGAAGAUAUUUAUGUCUUUGACCUGUAGCUGAAGAUUCUCUCCAUCGGGUUCUGUUGGAUUCUGUUUAGGCCUUCCUCAAAAGCUGGACCGUUAAUAUCAUCCAAAGGUGAUCUGGCUGCUUUAAGGACUUUUAAGUUUCAUCCUCAAACAAUUUAAAAUGACCUUUUACGGAUUUAAGAUAUACAGUUGGCUACCUUGUGUGUAGGCUAUGGGGAAUUUAGAUUGUUGACUUCUCUAAUGCUUAUUUUUGUUUCAGUGGUUAAUUUCGUUAAUUUAUAACGUGUUGGUACUUUCCGCUGAGCAUAUUUUGUAUGUUCCAAGCUUUCGAUCAGUCUUUUAAAAGUCUAAUUAAAGACUAAGUAAAUUGAUAAUUUUAAGGAUUUGGAAGUCCAUCUCAUGGGAGUGUGUGUUGGGUUAAAGUGCGUUCUGACGCGCGUUCUGCCUCUUGGUCACGUAAAACGGUCACAAGGUGAUACAACUAAUGCUCGGACAUCGGAAGAUAACGCCAGGUAAUGGGAGAAACCCCACUUCUAAGGUCAUUUGGAUAAACUGACUUAUCUCUGGUUCAAGGAUGAGCAUGCCCUGUUGUCAGGAGGGAGCCAAGCUGGUUCUGCUGCUCCUGCUGCUGCUCGGUCUACAGCGGGUUCAGUCCAAGUCCUCAAGGCAUCACUCACGACGACAUGCCCAGGAACACGGGAACCACCGGAACAUCACACUGGCUAUCAUCCUUCCACAGAGAAACACUGCCUAUCCCUGGGCCUGGCCACGAGUCGGCCCCGCUUUGGAACGAGCCCGGAGAACCAUCAAUGCCAACCCAGCCCUCCUCCCUGGUCAUCACCUGGUCUAUGUCUUUGAGAACAGUGAGAACGAGGAGGGUAUCUGUUCGGAGUCCAUCGCCCCGCUCAUGGCAGUGGACCUCAAGUUAGCCCACGACCCCUGGGCCUUCAUUGGGCCUGGAUGCUCCUACACUGCCUCCCCCGUGGCCCGAUUCGCCAACCACUGGGAUGUCCCCAUGGUCACUGCGGGCGCUCCGGCUGUGGGCUUUGAUGGCGCCAACCUCUACCCAUCCAUCACUAACACUGGUCCCACGCACAAGAAGCUGGGCAAGUUCGCCCUUCACAUCUUUGAACACUUUGGCUGGGAAAAACACGUUCUGCUCAUGUUCAGUGACCACAAGGCAGACGACCGGCCAUGUUACUUUGCUGUGGAGGGCAUUUACACGGAGUUCAACAAUGCGAACAUAACCACAAUGGAGCGAGUGUUUGUGGAGAAUCUACUACCAGUCAACUACUCUGAACUGGUCCACGACAUCCAUCAGGAAGGGCGAGUGGUGUAUGUGUGCUGCUCCCCUGACACCUUCAGGCAGUUGAUGAUUCACUUCCGGCAGUCGGGGCUGCCCCAGGAGGACUACGUUUUCUUCUACAUUGACGUGUUCGGGAACAGCCUCAAAUCCCAGCAUGCUCAGCCCUGGGCUCGAAAUGAUGCUGAUGAUGCUGUCGCCAGGGAGGUCUUCCAGAGUGUGAAAAUAUUGACCUACCAAGAACCACAGAACCCAGAGUAUAAAGAUUUUGUCAACCACCUGAAAAAAGAUGCCAAGAGAAUGUUCAACUUCACUGUGGAAGACUCGCUGAUGAACAUCAUCUCUGGAGGUUUCUACGACGGCCUGAUGCUGUACAUCCACGCCCUGACCGAGACCAUGGCUGUCUCAGUCGCCAAGCCUGUAGGGAGCAGUGUGACCAGACGGAUGUGGAAUCGCACAUACCACGGUGUGACAGGACUGGUCCACAUCGAUGAGAACGGAGACAGAGAGACAAACUUUGCCUUGUGGGACAUGGCAGCCACAAACCUCAGUACCUUCCAGAUCGUGCUGGUGUACAACGGCUCUGAGAAGAAGCUGAAGCCUGUGCCGGGGACGGUCAUCCAGUGGCCAGGGGGCGCUGUUCCCCGCGACGUGCCCGCCUGCGGCUUCAUGAACGACAACCCUGACUGCCGCACAAGAACCAUAACCAUCCACCAGAUGGUGUCUAUUGUGGUGUUCUUCAUCAUUGUCAUCAUCCUCACUAUCACAGUGUUCAUUUUCAGGAGGUUGAAGCUGGAGAACGAGCUGGUGGCCCAGCUGUGGAGAAUCUCCUGGGAAGACAUUCAGAUGAGCAACCUAGAGAAGGUCCUACGAAGCGCUGGGAGCAAACUCACGCUGUCUCUAAGGGGCUCCAACUAUGGUUCUCUACUGACAGGAGACGGAAACUUCCAGGUGUUUGCCAAAACAGGCUACUACAAGGGCAAUAUUGUAGCCAUAAAGUACAUCAACAAGAAACGGAUUGAGCUGACCAGAAACGUGCUGUUUGAACUUAAACAUAUCCGUGAUGUCCAGAAUGAGCACCUGACCCGCUUCAUCGGCGCUUGCAUCGACCCCCCGAACAUGUGCAUCAUCACGGAGUACUGCCCCCGGGGCAGCCUGCAGGACAUCAUGGAAAACGAGAGCAUCACCCUGGACUGGAUGUUCAGAUACUCCUUAAUCAACGACAUUGUCAAGGGUAUGGCCUUCCUCCACAACAGUGUGAUAGUCUCCAAUGGCAACCUCAAGUCCUCUAACUGCGUAGUGGAUAACCGCUUUGUUCUGAAAAUCACCGAUUAUGGCCUGUCCAGCUUUCGCAAGGAGAGCGACAACGAGGAUGCCCACGCCUAUUACGCCCGGAGGUUGUGGAUGGCCCCUGAGCUGCUGAGGCUGGAGAGCCCUCCUCCGGCUGGCACCCAGAAGGCUGACGUCUACAGCUUCGGCAUAGUUGUCCAGGAGGUGGCGCUGCGCCGCGGAGCCUUCUACCUGGAGGGGGAGCCACUGAGCCCCAAAGAGAUCGUGGACCGGGUGGUGCUGGGCGAGUGGCCGUGCCUGCGGCCUACCGUGGACCCCCAAUGCCACAGCGAGGAGCUGGGGCAGCUCAUGCUGCGCUGCUGGGCCGAGGAGCCCUCCGAGAGGCCUGAGUUCAACCAGAUCAAGCUGCUGCUCCGGAAGCAGAACAGGGAGUGCAGCACUAACAUCCUGGACAACCUGCUGUCACGCAUGGAGCAGUACGCCAACAACCUGGAGGAGCUGGUGGAGGAGAGGACCCAGGCCUACCACGAGGAGAAGCGCAAGGCUGAGGCCCUGCUCUACCAGAUACUACCCCACUCCGUGGCGGAGCAGCUUAAGAGAGGGGAGACAGUGCAGGCCGAGGCCUUUGACUCUGUCACCAUCUACUUCAGCGACAUCGUGGGAUUCACAGCCAUCUCUGCAGAGAGCACACCCAUGCAGGUUGUGACCUUGCUCAAUGAUCUCUACACGUGUUUUGAUGCCAUCAUAGACAACUUUGAUGUUUACAAGGUGGAGACUAUUGGAGAUGCCUACAUGGUGGUGUCAGGGCUGCCGGUGAGGAACGGGAAUCUGCACGGGCGCGAGAUCGCCCGCAUGGCCCUGGCGCUGCAGGACGCCGUACGCACGUUCAAGAUCCGCCACCGGCCUCACCAGCAACUCAAACUGCGAAUUGGCAUCCACAGCGGUCCAGUGUGUGCAGGUGUAGUAGGGUUGAAGAUGCCCCGAUACUGUUUGUUUGGGGACACAGUCAAUACCUCCUCUCGAAUGGAGUCCAACGGCGAAGCGUUGAAGAUCCACGUGUCAGCGGCCACACAGGACGUCUUGCAGGAGUUCAACUGUUUCCAGCUCGAGCUGAGGGGAGACGUGGAGAUGAAGGGCAAAGGCAAGAUGACCACGUACUGGCUGCUGGGAGAGAGCAAGGGCCAGGAGUGAAGGAGGGAAGGAGAAGAGGGAAGGAGGGUUGGAAAGGAACGGGAGACACGGACUCAGGACCCUCGUUUGGAGGGGUGCGAGGGGUUGAAAUGGAGGAGAGCAAAGUGUGUUGUAGGAGAGAAUAAAUGGAGCCAAAGGCUCCAGUCAUGGAACAUGAAGAUGAAGCAGGAUGAACAUGGCUUGGAAAAGUAGAAUAUUGUACAUCCCAGCAUCAAAGAACUGUGCUCUCACACCCAUUGGGGAAUCUUGAGUGUGUCAAAUGUUCAGUGCGUAUCUUUUCUGUAUUAAAGAUUUUUUUAAUUGUAAUGUUCAUUUGAUACAGCACCCGUAGUACAGUUUUAUUUUUUUACCCUGUGACCCACAAAACUGUAGAGUGAUUGUGGAUGUUGCAAACUGUUACUCACGUUAUGUAACUUGAAUAUGUAUCGACAGUAUGUCCAUUCUAGCCAUGUAAAGGACUUUCACUUGAUUCCUGUGGUAAAGUUACAGUAGUAUUGUUUUGCCCUGUCUCAGACUCUAACCACUUUAAAUGAGCCCGGAGAUUGGAUUUGUUUAUUUGAGUGGGUGUGAGAAAUCUAGUAGGAGGAGGAAAAGGAAAGGGAGCAAGAAAGAAAAAGUGUGCGUUCAUUCCAUGGAUGUGUGUUUGCAAUGUGAGUGCCUAUAAUUGUGUCAUACGAGAACACAUUAUUUCAUUUAUUCGUCGAUUAUUUUCCCAUGGCUUCAUGGGCAAAAGAGACUGCACCUACAUUGCUACACUUUGGUUAAAUAAGAAAAUAUUACUCCACCUCAACAACACUAUACAGUACUUAAUAUCGUUACUCUCACAACAAAUGUUUUUAAUAAUUGCCUUUGAAAUUGGUAACGCUUGUUUUCAACAUAGGUUGCACACAAAUAUAUUCUACACUCUGCAAAUGCAACUUGGUACUGGCAGCAGUUAUGAACAAAUGCUGAUUUGUGACUGUACAAGACGGUAGUCAACAUGGAAAAAAGUUAUGAUCAUGGUUUACAAUGCAUUACAACUGCAGUGCUAGCUUUGUAUUACAUCAGGUAAAAUUUGGGCAGAAGAAGUUUGGUAUUUGACUCUCUCCAAGUCUAACACCCCAUUUUCUCCAGUGGACUGCCACUCUGAAAGCACACCGGAAUUUUCUAUUUUUGUGUCAUGUUACAAUAAACUUUCUAAAAUCUUGUGAAGUAUCGGCAUAGAAGAUGUCUGAAUAAACUGAAGAAUUCUUGCGUAGGAUGCAUUGAAGUGCCACAUCUUGUUUUGGUUGUCACAGUAAUGAUACUCAGUGACUGGUCUUAGUGGUACCAGGUUUUAAGCCAGCAGUGUUCACUUGUACUGAAGCAUCAAACUGAUUAAGUAUGUAUAUUUCAGAUUGUACAUGUCAGUCCUAAAUGUGUUUCCCUAUGGUAAGUUUUUUCUCCUUAAAUCAAUAAAAAUGAUAUACAUGUU